GGAUAUGACGCUCCCCCUUGAGACGUGAUGUCGUUUUUGACUGUGAUUGGCUUGAAUCGAGACACGCUUAUGGCGACCACAAAGCGAUCCCUGCUUAGACGGUAUCAUUCACCGAUCGUACAUGGAGGACGCAGUCUCUACUGCUAAUGGUGCCGACUACAAGUCAGGAGAAUGAUGAUAUCGAUGGACUUCCACUCAGUCGGAGCAGUGUGGGAAAUGGCACGAUGAGCGACAGAGGACAGCGACGACGCGGAUACACGAACACAGGGACAGAAACUCUUAGAAAUGAUAAAGCAAGGCGGGGGGCGGCGUCGGGGCCGAUUUUACCGAUGCAGAACAGUACGUUGCUCGAGGAUCUAGCAAUAUUAGCCGAUACGGACCAGCCAGUAACCCUUGAUACAUUUCGGAGAGGAUCAUCCGUCGAAAGGAAAAGCGUUGGCAACAUCAACACUCCUCUGUGCUCUCAGUUGAGGGAAUCCGGGAGUGAAGUCGUGCACCAUGUAGAGGAACCGGGGUUAUCGAAAGCCAGAGACGAUGAGGACAACGAAGGAACCGACAAUGAUGAUGAUAAAGUUAUCGAUACGGAAUUGUUGGAAACGUGCAUCGCUUACUGCAAAUCGGUCGGGCAUGAGCCCAACAUCCAGGUUGAGUCAGGGGGGAUAUCACCAGAAAUAAUUCUUCAUCGAGGGAGUGGCUCCACUGCAGAUGACGUAGACUCAUACAUCCAAGAGAGACCAGUUGUGCAGGAUCAUUAUCACUUCUGGACGAAAUGCAUCGGCACUCGAUACAGCAAACGUCGCGGUUGUACGCAGUUCUGGGCGUGGCUGCUUAUCGGCGUCGGUGUGCUGCUUUGGUUGGGUAUCUCACUCUCUUCAUUACAGUUGAACGAAGUUCUACACUUAGACGCAUUCACAGUGAAGAACGUGCAAGUUACCGAGGAUUACACGUUCCUCCACUUCCUCGAAGAGGUAGAUUUCCACCUCACGUACACCAUAGAAACUCCAAGUCCGGACUCUAGGGCGAACCCGAAUUCCUCGUAUUUCAACGCUCUACUACUCAACGAGUAUGAAUACGAGCACUACGUCGACGGUGAACCAUUCGAGUACAUAGCAACCGGCUCCAAGCUCCGAACGACGUACGCUUACUUGCCGAAUACGUACAUUGACAACACCAUCGAGGAAACAAUGUACUUCGUCGUGCAGCCGUGUUACUUGGAGCGUAAUCCGACGGUAGACUAUUGCAAUUCCACACAAUUACCUACAAGUGUGAGCUCGAGUGAGAAAAUCUACAAUCUCGAUCAGAAGAGGAAGAUGAAGAAGAACGCCGUGUGGGAACACUUCAACGUCACGUACAUGUCGGUAAACCCGAUGCCCGUAGCUUGCAGCUCAUCAGGAUGGCUCGGUGGAGCCUACCUCCUUCUCUUCCUACCAUAUUUGGUCAUUACACUAUUCGGACUUCGCGUUUUCCAAAUGAUUCGUCAUUGCGAAAAUUGGAAGAAAAAUAUUGAGCGCAUUUACUCACGUGAACUCAACGUACCAGAGAACGAGGUGGACUACUGGCAGCCGAUGCCAUGGGAUCGCAAAGUACCCAAAACCAGAUUGUGUGGACCGUGCUGCUGGAAAAAGUUUCGUCGACCGUUUGAGCCGUUCUACACUUGGUGGCGCCAUGAAAACUACUUCACGUGGGUGUUUUGUCCAUAUCGAAACGAGAGAUUGUCACGUGGAGAGCGAGCUCUCAUUGUGGUGUGUUCACUGUAUGUCACGUUUUACGUGCUGUUUAUCAUCGUAAUGCUGCGCGAUUCGUACGGUUCAAGUAUCACGAUUUUAACGUCGGUGGUAAUGUACGCUGUUUUAACGUCGAUUUUACCAUCUGCGGGCAAGGCGAUAUUCAAGGAAUUGUUUAAACUGAUUUUUCGACAACGCCGCAAAUAUUUCCGAGCCAAAGCAGCGGGUGGAGACUUGACGGGCUUUUCGUUUCGACUGGCGUUCCUGCUGCAGGUUCUUGUGGUAAUUCUUCUAACGUUGGCGCAAGCACCGACUUUCUACAUCUGGGCGAAACGUAGUUGUCUUUUCCUCAAGAAAUUUAUCUAUUACGGGGUGCUUUCCGCAAUUUUGCGGGUGUCACUCAUGGGAGUUGCUCUGGAUUUUGCAUGGUAUUUAAUCCUUCAGACCUGGGGCUGGAAAGAUCUGUGUCCACUGUGCACGGAACGUAUCGCACACUGCGAUUGUUUUAACGAUGAAUUACUCGUGCUUGCUGUCGAACGAGUUGGACCCAAAUGGGAACUUAUUCGCGUACUUGACGGUCUAAUGGCCAAGCAAAACAACUUCGACCCGCAGUUUGGACCAUAUACUGCUGACCAAUUACGCGAACGCUGGAAUGUCAUUGUCGAGCGAGCGGAGAAACACAUGGAAAAGGUCGAGAAACUCCGUGCAUAUCAAGAGAAAAAGAGGCAAGAAACCCUGCGUCGAGGACGUUUUCGCCACAAUUUCACAACUUUUCUAUCGCGUCGGGGAUCAGUGAACCAACCCAAUUCUUCCGACGUGGAGAACACGGAAAACAGCUCAGAAGAAACACGCGAUGGCUCAUUAGAGUCUAGUAUUCCUAUCUGCAGUGUCCGUGAAAAGAAGAUCCUUGAAUUGAACAGCAAGAUCAAGUUGGACGCGUUUGAGAAACACUAUGACUCCAACAUCGCUGACGUCUUCCACGCACUCACGCGUUCCGUUAUGAAACACCGUCGCCACAACAAGCCAAGACACCACACUGAAGACAGGAAUUCAGACGACGACGAUAGUCCGAGACCUACACUCUCAACACGCCAAACUUCGGAUGGUGAAACAAUGUGGGUGUUCGACACACCAGAGCAGCGUUUACAGCGUCGCGAAGAGGAGAGACUGCAACGCAGGCGAGCGUUCCGUGUGUUGAAUGACUAUUACAUUGAGAACGUGGAUUCGUCUCCAGUGACAACAUCAUCGCAAGCCUCGGAAAAAGAACGAAAUACAUCUUCAAACAAGGUUUUUCAUCAGGAUCCGAAGGGAGUUCCGCUGUUGUCUGCAAGCAACAAGACUAACGCACCACGAGACGAAGAGGUGGUAGUGGAAAUACCGGGUAGGACGGACGAUGUAGACGGUGAUAACCUUGACGGUUUAGUAUCAGCUCAAGUAGACGAUGAUUAUAGCGAUGGCGUUGGUGACAGCGAUUUGGAACGUGGUAGUAACUCUGCGUCCACUGGGCAUCAUGCUUAUACUGUGACUGAAAAGCCAAAGAGCCUCCUGCGACGAGUGUCCGCAUCGGCGACCGCAUUCGCUGCGUGGUGUUUAGACUACGAUCCGAAAGUCAAGUACUAAAAAAGCGUCGACAGCGUCAAUGGAGACAAAAAUCCCAGCGAAAGUCUGCUUGGCGAAGAUCGAAGCAACCGGCGGCGAUAUCUUCUCGAGAUAACAAUAACCGAGCGAUACAUUUGUCGACACCAUCGUGGACGUAGAACUAAGUGAGAACGCUCUUCUCGCCAGUAACUCUUCUUUUUUCCCUCUGUGAAAAUACACCAACGUUGGCAAGUUGAAGUUGCCAGGAGUGAUGAUCUUGCAGACUUCAUCCCUGACGCUGCGACGCACCUUUGCUUCUCUGUUGGGAAUCACUACUUGGGAUGAACUUGCAUGCUGACUCUGAUCAGAACGAGUGACGUGAGCGCCGCCCUACACGUAGUUGAGCGCUCAGCAAUCUACUGGUUGGCUCUUGAUAUGGUGGUAUAUUAUACCACCGCCAGUAAGCAAUCUAGAGAUUGGUAUCUUCUAGAGAGUCCAAGGAAUCUUUAGCCAUGGAGUCGAUCGCCAGCGCUGUGGCCAGACCAGACCCAUGCAGUCAGUUGCAGCAGCAGUCUCUACGGCCGAAAAGUGUCCGUUGUCAAAGUGCACUUCAACGCCUUGACAUCUCCGGACUUAUUUUCAGCCGCGUCCGAAUUCAUGUCUUCACUAUCAUCCAAUUAUCACAAGUAUAUUAAAUAAUACAGGCAAUUUAACCGGAAA